GUUUUGUCUUCUCUCUUCUCACUACCAUCCUUUUUUUCUCUCUGUCAUUUUAAUAUAUUCUUCAUACAUCCUCCGUCAAUCAAAAUCAAAGGAUUCAAACCUCUUUCUGCAAACUGGAAUUAAGAAUUUCCUUGUGUAGCAAAUGGAGCUAGCUUCGAAUUCAUGAGACAUGAAAAUGAGUUUUGAUUUGCAUCAAUUAGAAACUAAAAUAAUUAAAUUCUCAGGAAUUGAUGGCACCGGACUUGGGCUUCUAAUGCAUCACCAGAAAUUAGGAAAGAUCUUUGACAUUUGGUGCUUGCAUAUUCCAGUCAAGGACAGGACAUCUUUUACAGGCCUAUUGCAGCUUGUUGAAAGUACAAUUAGGUCAGAGUACUCCAGGUCCCCAAAUAGACCAAUAUAUCUUGUUGGGGAAUCCCUUGGAGGAUGCCUUGCUUUAGCUGUUUCAAACCGUAACCCGGAUAUUGAUCUCCUACUUAUCUUGUCUAACCCAGGUAAGAACUAGAUUUGUUGUAAUUCUUUACAAACAGCAUUUCUUGACGUCGUAAUUAUAGUUUUGCAAUAUUCUCGAGUGUGCUAUUAUUUAGUGGCUAAUGCACCAAACAGAAAAAUGAAGUUAGGAAAACACAAUUAUUGCAAGAAGCAGUUAACUUGUUAAGAUGUGAAUACAAUUAUAUUUAGAAU